UCCAAAGUCCAGACCUACCCCAGCCAUUGAAACACCCUGGCAUACAUAGUUGACAGAGGCAUUACAGAUCUCCCAGCUGUGGAAUAGGUGGCCCACAUCUGAGAACGCUGCGUGUAUGACUGUUUAGGCCAGAAGAGAGAGAUGGACAUCCUGGAAACGAGUGCUUACGACCGCAGACAACGCAGGAACACGACCUGUGUACUGUUUCUUUAUCUCCUCCCUUUUUUUGCAUCCUGUGCCAUAUACUUCUACCUGUGGAUCCCAGACUCCGCCCCCUCUCUUCUGGCUGCUGGCAUUAAGGCCGCUCCCAUCCUCUGUCUGGUCCUUCUGGUGUUCAGCUAUAAUGGAGGGUGGAGUCUGGUGGGCGUUGCUGGAGGGUUGCUGCUCUCAGCGGGCGGAGACUGUUGCCUUAUUUGGCCAGAACUUUUUAUCCAUGGAAUGGGCUGUUUUGCUCUGGCUCACUUGCUUUACUCUAUUUCCUUCCUGUCCUCUCGAUAUUCUGCAAAAUCUUCGUCUUUCUCAUUCUUUAUCCUUUACGUCAUCCUGUGGUUGUUCGGCAUUGGAAUGUAUGCUUACCUGGUCCCCUUCCUACGGCAUGAUCCAGAAGCUGACCUUCUCGUCCCAGCCAUAGGGGGCUACAUGCUGCUCAUUGUCCUCAUGGCCACACUGGCUGCUCGUACACGGCGGCCGCUCAUCCUGCUGGGCAGCCUGGUCUUCAUGGCUUCUGACCUCACGAUUGCACUGACAAAGUUCAAUGUCUUUGAUGUAGAGUACAAAAAGCACAUUAUUAUGACAACAUACUACCUGGCACAGCUGAUGAUUGCGCUGGGUGACGUGAAUGCGGUGCUGGAGGAGGAUGCUGACGAUAUCCACAAGUGGAAGAGAUCAUAAGACUGCUGUUGAUGACUGAUGUUGGUUCAGUGAAAGGUUGAUCACUGUAUAAAAUGGGGCCACCACUUUGGAUAAACCUGUGUCUGUUUCACAGUAAACGCACAACUAGUGUGGACAUGGCUUACUAUACAUCCCUAAAUAUAAGAAAUAUUACACAGUCUGACCUAUCAACUAAGACUUUCGUCUAGCUUCACUACAGCAGAUGAACUCGGCCAAACAGACUCUGUGCUGAACUGAACUGAUUUGAUUACAUUUGAAACAACUGUAUGUAGUUUUGCCUAUUUUUGAGACUUUGGAGCCCCAACAGUGUCGUAAAUACCAUUGUCGUUGUUGCUGCCGUAAAGCAAUUUACCCUUUUCGCGGAAUUUCGUACCCGCUCAACAAAAAAUUACUUAUUCCCAGAACAGACGUUUAGGGCGAGUGUGAGAAAGAAAAAUAAUUCCUUUUGCCUUAUUAGAAGUCAGUGUACCUUCAGAAUGAGUAUGAAACUGGUAUUUCAAGGUAAUAAUCUGAAAUACAGUUGCUAAAUGUAUUAAUUUUUUUUUUUUUUUGUCCAACACACAUAUUUAUGCUCAUAUGCUCCACACUGAACCCUAGCUAGUUUCUAGAGUAGAGAUGAGUGUCGAACUUGUGCAGAAAUAAAGCAGAUAAAGUCACAGUGUUACAGAUGUGUGUUUAUUGACUGAUUCAUUGUACUCUCGUGGUGUAGGCAAAAGAAAAAUGUCAAAAUAAAAUUCUGUUGACUUUAUGUGAGGAAUAUAGUCUAUCAGUAGACAUAUAGGCUAAAGGCUAAAACAUUAUGGAAUAUUUUUGUGUUUUAUAACUUAUUUUUGUAGCAUGCA